CUACGCUGGAGCACCACCACUUCAACCACGCUGUUAUGAUCCUGCAGAGCGAGGGUCACAAUAUCUUCUCCAACCUCUCGUCCACAGAGUACAGCGACCUCAUGCAGCUGCUGAAACAGUCCAUUCUGGCCACAGACCUCACACUCUACUUUGAGAACAGAAACACCUUCUUUGAGAUGGUCAGUAAUGGGGAGUACAACUGGAACGUGAAGGCUCAUAGAGACAUGUGCAGAUCCAUGAUGAUGACAGCUUGUGAUCUUGGUGCCGUCACUAAACCUUGGGAAAUAUCACGCAAGGUUGCAGAGCUGGUGACCAGCGAAUUCUUUGAGCAGGGUGACCGAGAGAGAUCAGAGCUGAAGCUCACGCCCUCGGCCAUCUUUGAUCGAAACAGGAAGGAUGAGUUGCCAGGGCUUCAGCUGGAAUGGAUUGAUGGAAUUUGUGUGCCACUGUACGAGACUCUUGUCAAGCUGAAUCCCAAACUUCAGCCGAUGGUUGACAUGAUCAAAGCUAACAGGGCCAAUUGGGAGGAACUGAACAAGAAAAGACAGAGAAGCCAAAGUGUUUCUUCGCCCUCGAGCUCCUGCAGUGGAGACAGCACAGAGACGAGCGGCUGCACGGUGGCGCCCUGCUGCAGCGGAGAUGCUGACGGCACACCAUCUAAACCCGUUAGUUAGCUCCUGAUGCCACCUCCAGCUGAUCUCUUUGGCUUUUACUCCCUCUUAAAUGCAGCCUGCAACAUAGGCAGUGCAGUGCAUGCAGAGGUUCUUGGGCUCUGCUCCUCUCCGCUUUUGCUGCUAGAGAUGGGCUUUAGACUUGAGCGCGGCGCUAUCAUAGAGGUUUUUCUGCUCCCUUCAGCCUUCCUGAGCUGGAGGCUGACAGAGCUGUGUUUGGCGAGCUUGUUGAAGCAGCUACCAAUCAGCUGAUGACACCAUGUCAGAAAAGGAAACCACUGUGUCAACAUGUCAAGCAGUGAGCUAACACUAACUAUUCUGUGCAUUGCACAGAUUUCCAAAGCAUGGAGAAUAUUGGAGAGUUUGUCUCUGAUGUGGUUCGUUUUAUCUCAGUACCUCCUCGUUGCUCGCAUUUUGCCCGGGGUAACAGAGAUAUUUUUUGUAGAUCUGUAUAUAGGCUAUUAAGUUAUUUACAAGUGCUGUUUAAGAACAUGUAACCUCUGGAUUGUAAUGUGGCUGUAGAGUUGCUGAAGGAUAAAGGGGUGCAGGACCUGUGACAGUCCUUGCAAUGCAAAUUGAGUCUCCGCUCCCUCCCUCCCUGUGCCUUGUUUUAAGAUCCUAAUGAAAAAUGCAUGGCCUUCUCACCAAGAUUGUUAGAUAUAGAAAUCCAUGUUGAACCAUGACAUGUUUUAUGCCAUAAUUUAUGAAAACCAAUGACUGCAAUUAUGUUUUGAUCCCAUAUUAGCCACAAAUCAUCAACAGUAUAUACAUAUAGAAAUCUAUUUUGCCCAGUUUUAUAAAUGCAGGGUCUCACUUGUCACACACACAAACACACACAAUGUGCCUUGAUGAAGUUGUACUGAUAUCAAUUCAUUUUUGCAGAAAUCUCAUCAACUGAUUUAAUACUGAAACUAGACACAUUAAGAUUUAUUUUAAUAAGGGUUCUACAUUAUAAGAAACACGCUUAGAUAAGAGAAUACCUAUAUGAUAAAUAAAGCUACAUUCAGUCGCGGUAACCAGGCCAUUAACAACUGGCCUGGCUCCGUCCAAAGGAAAUUCAAUUUGUCAACCAGUCAAAUUUACUAAUUCAUUAAUUCAUUAUUGUUUAAUCUGAACAAAAAACUAAGCAUACUGUUUUAUAACAGGGUUGUGUGACAGACUCUUUGCCAGAACAUGUAACUUUCUUCUGGUUGUUCAGCAAAAAGUUAGAAUCUAGAACUGAGUCAGACACAAAUUACAAAUCACAUUAAAUAAUCUUAAUACAACAUUUUGAUUUGAGAGCUUCAGACGUGCUGCUAGGAGGAUUUUUUUAAACCUCUGGACAAAGUCAGGCUGACUGUUACUUCCUCUUUCCAGUCUUUAUUCUUCAUGCUUAGCUUUUUUCAAAGUGGCAUCCUCUUACCUAACUUUCCGCAAAAUGCUUUUCCAAACAUUUCAGAAUUUGCUUUAAUCGGAUUGCUGUCCUUUUCACAAAGCCCACAAAUGCUACUUAAACAGAUUUUAUGAUUUCCAAAAAGGAGACUGAGACACUAAAACUGGUAGUAAUGAAGUGCCCAUGCAGACAUGAGCUAUUAUUUUGAUAUUAUUAUUAUUAUCAUUAUUAAUAUUAGUAUUAUUUUAGGGUUGUGAUUAUGCCUUAUGAAUUGUGUUGUAGCUUUGUUAAUUGGAGUUUAAAAACGUGACUGUGCACAUUGUGUGGCAUGGAUCUAUGUGCUCUACUUUAUUUUGGUUAAAGUGCUGAAUUGAAGUUGAUCAGAAACAUUUAAAUUGCAUGUUUUAUGCAGUAUUAAAUUCAACCACUUGCUAAGUAUGUAGCAAACGUGAGCCGACAAAUACCUCGUCCUUUGAACUUCAUCAGUAAACACAUUAUCUCUUUGGAAAUGCAUGAUUUAAAUUAUAUUGCAUUAUGUUACGUGAGUUAUGAAUAUUGCUGUUCUAUUUUUCUAUAAGGUCUCCAAACUUUUAUUUAGUCUAAUUUGCAACGUACCGUGCUUCUUGUAUUUCUUCUUUCCUCUCCCAGUUUGGACGCUCAUUUUAUUUAUGGCGGGCUAGACUGAAAGAAAUCUAGGGCAUGAAAAGGCAAAUGUGCAAUGUUUAUGUUCAGAGUUUAAA